UGAGCACGUACGCAUUCCCAUUACUACGUGAGUUUGGUGAUUUUUGAGCGUUUCAUUCUCCCUAGCUUUCUACAUCUGCAUUCCAAGUUUCAAGACAGUCCCACCAAACUCGAUUCUUUUAAAUUUGUUUGUGAAGAAUAAGGAGGAUCAAAUAUCUCGUUACAUGAACCCAUUUUUUGUCAUUCAUGGCUAACAACAUCUUCAUUUUCAUAUUCUUCUUUAUCAUCAUCUUCAUAUCUCCAUCUUCUUAUGGAUACGAUUCGUUGGAUCCUUUUGGGAACAUCACCGUCACAUGGGAUUUUUUGUCAGAUAAUGGGGAUACAUUCGACGUAAAAGUAUCAAUAUACAACUUCCAACUAUUUCGCCACAUAGAGGAGCCAGGUUGGAAAUUGGGUUGGGCAUGGAAAGGUGAUGAGGUGAUAUGGGCAAUGUUGGGAGCAGAGGCAACUGAGGAAGGAAAUUGCACAAGAUUUAGAGGACAACAGAAACCUCAUUGUUGUCAGAAAAAGCCAGUUAUUAUUGAUCUUAUGCCUGGAACCCCAUAUAACAUGCAAUCUGCAAAUUGUUGUAAAGGAGGGGUUUUAACAUCUAUGACACAAGAUGUUUCCAAACAUGGUGCAACCUUCCAAAUGAAUUACAUUAAAGCAUCAACUUCCAAUUCUAGCAUGCCAGAAAAUUUCACACUUGGAGUUUCUGGCUAUAGUUGUGGGACACCAUUUCAAGUAUCGCCAACCAAGUUUACCAAAGAUGGACAUCGAUGGCAACAAGUCUUGGAGACAUGGAAUGUGACUUGUAUUUACUCCCAGUUUCUAGCAUCACCUGCCCCAAAAUGUUGUGUCUCCUUGUCUGCAUUCUAUAAUAGUACCAUUGUUCCUUGCCCAACAUGCAGUUGUAAUUGCCAGGGGCUACCCGGAGCUGAUUGUGUGAAUUCUGACAAGACUUCAGUGUUAAAACUACCACAAACAAACCGCGGAGAAGUAGCACCACCAAUUAUCAGAUGUUCACAUCAUAUGUGCCCCAUUCGUAUUCACUGGCAUGUGAAACAAAGUUACAGAAAGCAUUGGCGGGUUAAAAUCACAAUCACAAACCUCAACUUUGUCAAAAACUAUUCCCAUUGGAAUUUGGUGGUGUUACACCCCAACUUGCAAAGCGUAACCCAAGUUUUUAGUUUCAACUACCAACUCCUACAAAAUUAUGGAAAUUUUAAUGACAUAGGAAUGUUUUGGGGGCUACCAUACUAUAAUGACAUGUUGUUGACACAUGGUGUCAAUGGGAAUGUACAAACAGAGGUGUUGUUGCAUAAAGAUGAAGGAGAGUUUAGCUUCAAAGAAGGGUGGACUUUUCCUAGAAAAAUUUCAUUCAAUGGUGAUGAAUGUGUCAUGCCAUCUCCUGACACGUACCCCAGACUCCCUAACACAGCCCCAACAACACUUCCUUUACUUUUCUUUUCAAUCUUACUACUCCCAAUAUUGUUCUAG